CCUAUUCACAAAGAAUCCUAAAAUGGCUGCGAGACGAAAUGCUUUGGAGACAAUGGAAGACCGUGAGUUAAUCAAGAGAUAUAGGCUAAAUCGUGAGGGUAUUCAACUUGUUGUGGACUUAGUGCGGGAUGCAAUAACAUCCCCGACUAACAGGAAUAAUCCCAUUAGUCCCGAAAUAAAAUGUUUAGUAACACUACGUUAUUUAGCAACAGGGAAAAUGCAACUUUGCAAUGCCGACGAUUUAGCAAUAUCACAACCAUCAGUCAGCCGUGCCAUAAACCAAACUAUCAACGCGCUAGCUAGACCACAUAUCAUCCAACAGUUUAUCCGGUUUCCUUUGGACAUUCAACAAUUACACAGGAUCAAAGCCAACUUCAUGGCGAUUGCAGGUAUGCCCGGUGUGGUCGGUGCUAUUGACGGGACGCACAUAAAAAUAAUUGCUCCAUCAAAAGAUGAGGACGUGUUCGUCAAUAGGAAGAAAGUGCAUUCCAUCAACACGCAGGUUGUUUUUGAUGCAAAUUUCAACAUACUGGAUGUUGUUGCAAAGUGGCCUGGAGCUACCCAUGAUUCGCGCAUUUUAAUGGAGAGCGGUCUGAGGCAGCUUUUUGAGAGGCACCAUGUACCAGUUGGGUGUCACUUGCUGGGUGACAGUGGCUAUCCCUGCAAGACGUGGCUUUUGACACCCUACCUCAAUCCACAACCGGGAGCACAGCUAAAGUAUAACAUAGCACACAAACAUACACGAAAUGUUGUGGAGAGAGGAAUUGGGCAGAUGAAACGUCGGUUUCAUGUACUCCACGGCGAAAUACGCCUCACCCCAGAGAGGGCAAGCACAGUCAUCACUGUAUGUGCCAUUCUACACAACCUCUGCAAGCGGAGGAACAUUCCACAGCCAGACGAUGAUGACGAUGAAGAGGACGAUGACCCCGAUGAUGAUGAUGAUGGCGCUCGACAACAUGACAAUGAAUUUGGCCGUGUGGAACCGAGUGGACUGGCAUUUAGGGAUCACUUUGUGAAUACACAUUUUAGUGAACUGGUACCAGCAGCAGGAGGGAGAGGAGAGCCAGUGGGUGCACCAAGAGGGAGAGUUGGAAGAGAAAGGGGUGGAAGAGGAAGAGCUGUGAGAGGAGGUGCAGCUGGGAGAGGAAGAGCUGUGAGAGGAGGUGCUGCUGGAAGAGGAAGAGCUGGCAGAGGAAGGGCUAGGAGGGGGAGAAGAGGAAGAGCUGUGUGAUGUGAUGCUGCAGCUGGACUUUCAUCUUCAUUUCUCCUGUGGGGAAUAUAUAUAUAUUUAAUUUGUAACACAUUUUUGGGAAGUGGGUUGACCAGUUGCACGUUGUAAUUCUUCUGUAAAUAUUAAACAGAAAGGUUUUUCAUGAA